AUGCCUCCUUCAGCCCUAAUUCUGCUUGCAUCUAUGGAUAUAGCUUAUCCCAUGUUAUUUGAGCUGAGAAAUCCUUCUGAUGGAAAAGUUAGUCAUUGUGGAGUGCAAGAAUUCACUGCUGAUUUGGGUAACAUAUAUAUGCCGAAAUGGAUGAUGGAAAAUAUGCAUCUUGAAGAGGGAGAUUCUGUGGAAGUGAGAAGCAUAGAACUCAGUAGAGGAACGUAUGUGAAGUUGCAGCCUCACACCAAAGAUUUCUUCGAAAUCUCCAAUCCAAGAGUCAUCUUGGAAAUUUCACUUAGAGACCACUUUUGUUUAACAAGUGGUGACACUAUAAUGAUUGCUUAUAACGACAAGCAAUAUUACAUUGACAUAGUUGAAACUAAACCUUCUCAUGCAGUCACUAUAGUUGAAACAGACUGUGAAGUUGAUUUUGCCCAACCACUUGAUUACGAAGAACCUGAGAAACCGAUGCUGUCAUCUACUUCAUCUGGUAAGGAUUUUGAAGAUUCGGCAACGAAGAGUGCCAAAAUGACUCCGUUCACUGGUACUGCAAGGCGUUUGGAUGACAAACCUUGUACACAAUCAGUACAAGAAACAUCCUCUUCAACACCAAAGGAGCAACAAACUGAAAAUGAAACAAAAAAAUCCAACUUUAAAACACGUAAACCUGGAAAGCUUGUGUUUGGGUCAAAUUUGAAUGUACCUAAAGCAUCCACAAAGGUGAGUGUGUUAUUAUUAGUAAUAUGUGUUAUACCUAAAUAUUUAUUGAACAAGACAACUGAAGAGUCGUAUAAGGAGAAGGAGGAACUACCGAAGUUUCAAGCUUUUUCAGGAAAAAAGUACUCGUUGAUGGAUUGA